AUCGCAGGCUGUCCACUUUACCUAAAGCACACUGCAUCAAGAGUUUUAUAAACAUGGAAGCAGAAGAUGCCCUAAUUUUAAAGCAAUCCUUCCUUCCUUCCCCUCAACUUUUCUUCACCCACAAGCUUCUUCUUACAUCACUCUCCACACCUUUUUAUGAAAAUAAAAUAAAUCAUGCAGUAUAAAGCCGGCAGCGCAACAGGAACCAGCUUCCCUCAAACAAAUCCCAUGGCUGCAGCAACAGCUCCGAUCGCUAUAGGCACGCGAGGCACGGUUGGAUCGCUUGUCCUGAAGGAGAUCGAGUACUUCAGCAAGAUUGAGCUCGACCGGCGUGGUAGCUCAAGCUCAAUGAAGCCUCUGGGACAGAUACUCGGCUUGACUUCUGGCGGUAGUGGUAGUCAUUGUGGCAAGUCUGGUUUCCGGCUAUUGUUAAUGGCAUGGAGGAGGAGGAAGAGGAGAGGCGGCAGCGGCAGUGGCAGCGGCAGAGGGUUCUUGUCAAGUAUGUGUUUUGCUGCAGAAGUUGCGGAAACCAAUCGGCGAAAUGGGGUUCCCGGGUUUAGUUACAAGAUCCUCAAGGAUGACAUGAACAACUUGAGCAUUUAACUUAAGGACUAUUCGGAGUGAGUUCCUUUGUUUGGACCGGACAUUUGGAUCACGUUGCUAUUCCCAGAUAUAGGGAAGAAGUUUGUUGCUCGGUAUCUGAUCAAACUGGAUCGUCAGUUGCUAUAGAACCCAUCACUAAAAUACCCCUAAAGAGAGAGAGAGAGGGCUAAUUAGCGAAGUGGAAAAGGUUUUCAUGGAUGGCAAUGCAGAAUGUGACGAUAUCCUUAGCCAAUCAAUCAUUGUUGUGUGAGGAAAUUUAAAAUGUAUGAUAGUGCGUGAUUGCCAAAUUGUUAUACUUUGCAAGGAAAAUUAUAAAUAAAAGAUCCCCUUCUUC